AUGCAGACGCCCCAUUGCAAUGCGAGCUCUUCCAUUACCCCCUCACAGAUGACAGGAAAGGAACUCAUCUGUAUGAGGCUCUGUCCUACUGCUGGGGACCUCCCAGUGAGAGCCAGAAAGUCUUCACCGGUACAGGGUAUUUACAGAUCACCGCCAAUCUACACGCAGCGCUCGCACGUCUUCGAGACCCUUUUCUUGAACGCGUCAUAUGGGUAG